CGAGGAGCUGACACGUUUACCGGAAUAACCAUUAUAUGCAUUUAUCACAUUGUGUUAGUUUUACUUGGUAUUUUAAGUUUCUAUCAUAUGUUUUAUUUAAUCUUCCGGAGAGGUGUAAAUAAAUCGUACCCAGUUUUUACCGACGUUACUGGUCGGGAAUUGCUGUUGAAUUGGUGAAUAAGGGCAAUUCGAAUGCAACCCAGUUUCCUACAGUCUUGCUGUGGUGCAGAAUGUCAACCACUUCAAAUGCAUUCAAGGAACAUGCAAUCGGAGAUGUAAAGGAAGAUUUACCGCUGACCGAGAAUGAAGAUUUUAGCAUCGUUAAUGAGAAAGGAGAUAAUGUCAUCGAUCCUCGAAUAAGUUUGCGAAGUCCAUUAGAUGAAUUAAUAUCGAGAGAGUCUGGUAAGCUGGGACCAUCCGACUUCAAUGAUACCGUGCAGUCUUCUGCCUCGACGACUAUCAUUCAAAUGGAAAGGGAAGAUAGCGAGAGAAGCGAUAGUAAUAAACAGAGGCAUACCGAAUCUAUGGAGAAUGACAUAAGCUUUCUUCCAUCUAGUGAACAAAGCAUUGGCUCUGGCUUAGAAUCUGAUAUCGAGGAUAAUGACAGUGAUUCUGAUAUGACGCAAACACCAACUUUGAAAUAUGAUCCUAACAUAGAUAAUAAUUUACCGGAAACAGUUGCUCUUCUUACAGCACAGGAUGGUGGAAAAGUGUAUCUAAUCGGCACGGCACAUUUUUCUAUCGAAAGUAACAAGGAUGUUGCAAAGGUGAUUCAAAUGGUGCAACCUCAUAUGGUUAUGGUUGAACUAUGCAGUGCCAGGAUUCACAUCCUGCAGUUAGAUGAGAAUACUAUAAUGGAACAAGCGAAGAACAUUUCAUUUCAAAGUAUUUACAAUGUAAUCAAACAGAAUGGCGCUUUCAACGGGCUUAUGUACAUACUUCUUCUAAAUAUGUCUGCUCGUCUCACAAAAGAAUUAGGCAUGGCACCGGGUGGUGAAUUCCGUACUGCUUUUGUUGAGGCAAAGAAAGUUCCUAAGUGCAUGGUUCAUUUGGGAGACCGUCCCAUCAACAUAACCAUUCAACGUGCCCUGAACUCUUUAACGUGGUGGCAAACCUUAAAAAUGGGUUGGCAUUUAUUGGUGCCCAGUAAGGCUGUUACACUAGAAGAAGUUGAGCGUCUGAAACGUCGUGACUUUUUAGAGGAAGUGUUAGCAGAAAUGGCGGGAGAGUUUCCGGCUCUUAGAGAUGUGUUUAUCAAUGAACGAGAUAUCUUCCUAACCUAUUCAUUGCAAUUAGCAGCUUUGUCUCAACGAACGCCACAUGGUACAACCCCUUGUCGGGUGGUAGCUGUUGUUGGUAUCGGUCAUAUGGCAGGGAUAAUCGAAAAUUGGAGAAAAGUGAAACAUUCGCAAAUUCCUCCUAUUCUAAGGAUACCCCCACUUUCAUUGUCCACAAAAAUAUUACGUUUCACGGUAAAGGCAUCCUUAUUGGGAACGGUCUUAUAUGUAGUAUACAAAAUCAUUCCACUGCCUAGCGGCGCAACACUUCAAUCAAUCAAGUCAUCGGUCGAGGGACUUUUAAAGGUCAGUUCACCUCGUUAAUAAUCUGCGAUAUAAAACUUUUCCCUGGUUCAUCGAUCGCAUUUUAUCAAAGAGGAACGCCUUUCUUUUUUACUGUUGUGCUGCUUCCUGCCGAAGUACUUCUCAAUUCACUUCGGUUUUUACAUUAACAUAUGAGCAUAUGAUUACGGUGAGCAUGAAGGCAAAAGCUGGCGAAGACCAUUAUGUACACUUGUCGGCUGAGGUAAUGUACGUGGAAAGUAAUAUACCAGGACCUGGUGUGGAUAUCGAUUACUUCGAGUCCGAAUUCAUCAAAGGCUGUUCUUGCGAACAACAAUGUUUAGAUUGUUGCUGCACUCGUGGUUCCCCUAAUUACAUCGAUGGUCGCAUACGCGACGAGAAAAUUGCAGGUCCUGUCAUUGAAUGCAACUCGUACUGCAAAUGUAGAGAGAAUUGUGGAAACAGACUCAUUCAGAGUGGCCCUUUAGACUGUCUACAUGUGGCAGAGGCAAGUAACAAGGGUCUUGGGCUUUUCACCAAAACGUCGAUAAAGAAAGGACAGUUUAUUUGCGAAUAUGCCGGUGAAGUUCUAGGAUCUACCGAAGCGAUACAACGAAUCAAACAGAACCAGAGGGACGGUGCCAUGAAUUAUGUUCUCAUGGUCUCCGAACAUGUGUCAGACCGAACUAUAAUGACCUGUAUAGAUCCAAAGUAUUUCGGCAACAUCGGUCGAUAUUGCAAUCACAGUUGCCAGCCUACCGCCACUCUUGUACCAAUUAGAGUCAAUAGCCCGAUACCUCAUCUGUGCUUAUUUGCAUCCAAAGACAUAGACAUCGGAGAAGAAAUAACAUUUGAUUAUGGGGGUGGCAUGGUUAAUUCCGUCCAAAAUCUUAGCAAAACCCCUUGUCUUUGCGGUGCUUCUACUUGCCUUCAUUACUUGCCACAUCAUCCACUUUAAAAACAAAUAGGCUCCAUAACUGCCAUAAGUGAAUUGAAUAAUUCGAAGGUCCAGGCUUCUCUCGUCAAACUCAGUCUUGCAUUUUGUGCCUGUGAUGCAUUUCGUAUUGAACCGUUCCAUGAUGAAUAAUUUCCUUAAUUAGGUUUAUACCUUUCGGUGCUCUAAUUGGCCUCAUGUAAACUAAUUGUUACGGUCUGUAUAAUUCAUCGGAAUGUAGUUGUGCCAAAGGUGGAGGCAUUCGACGUUACUUUGAAAUUUAAACAAUUUCGUCAUCUAUAUGUAACGAGCUUUCGCAUACUUCCAUUCCAAACUUUACUCUUAAUAUUAAAAAGUAACCACUAUUCGCUGGUGCUACGACUUUCAGAUCUUACAACUAAAAGUGGGUAUGCAUCGAGUUGCAUUGUACCAUUAAUUUAUAUUCUUAAAGAAUAUUAUUUAUUUUUCUUUGCUAUAAUUAUAUACAUGAAAAAAAGUAACUAUCGAAGCGGUAUUGAUUUGUUUUUAUUAUACAAAGUUAAUUUGAAAUGUGCGAAAGAAAGGUUAUAUAUGUCAUUUACUCUGUGGCUACGCGUUUCACCCACUGAUAGGGAAUUAAUAAUCUGCUUAAUGAAAGGAAGAAAGGAAACAUUUUAUGUAAAUAUAUGUGCCGCGGUGUGCACAUUGCAGUUCACAUAACAGGACACCAAAAGCGAAGAAGAAAACUAAUUGAGAAUGCUUGAGAGCUCUGUAGUUUAGUGUGCGUUUGAUCGUCGAAGACGACUACUUGUACAGAAUACUCGGAAUGUUGCAUUUUUUCUAGGGACGACUGUAGAAUAUUGUAAAGAUUACGUUGGAUAAUGGUCAAAGGAAUUAGGGGGUCUGUAUAUUGUCAAAGCGGAAGGUGGCCUGUUGUUACAAUUUGAAGUGUUAUAAAUGUGUAAGAAUAAAACACAUAGGAUAUUGAA